AUCCAACCACGUUUCAAGAAUCUCCACCAAUCCACCCACACUUUUCCCACUACGCUCAACUCACUCACUACUUUAUCUCUCUAGAAACAGCUCCAUUUUUGACAGUUGCCGGCACCCAUUAAGCCAAGUUGCAAUCUUGAGCAGGCCGUUGGCGCAGAGCAGCUGAAAUAUGAAGUGGGUUUGGACAGUGUGGGUGUGGAGUAUGGUGAUCCUGUGGGGCCGCAGGGUGGCAAUGGGGAAAGAAGAAUACUUCAAGUACAAGGACCCAAAACAGCCUGUUGGGGCGAGAGUUGAAGAUCUUCUUGGUAGGAUGACUUUAGAGGAGAAGAUUGGACAGAUGGUUCAGAUUGAAAGGAUUUCCGCCACUCCUGACAUCAUUAAAGAUCACAACAUUGGGAGCCUGUUAAGUGGUGGUGGGAGUGUACCUCUUCCACAAGCUACUGCUGCUGAUUGGGUUAACAUGAUAAACAACUUCCAGAAGGCGUCUUUAUCAACACGUCUCGGUAUUCCUAUGAUCUAUGGAAUCGAUGCUGUUCAUGGACACAAUAAUGUCUACAACGCCACCAUAUUUCCUCAUAACAUUGGCCUUGGAGCCACUAGGGAUCCUGACCUUCUACGGAGAAUUGGUGAUGCGACUGCUCUUGAGAUCAGAGCAACGGGGAUUCCUUAUACCUUUGCUCCUUGCAUUGCAGUCUGCAGAGACCCGAGGUGGGGAAGAUGCUACGAGAGUUACAGCGAAGAUCCCAAGGUAGUCCAAGAGAUGACGGAGAUCAUACCGGGGUUACAAGGUGAAAUUCCAAAUGGUUCGCGGAAGGGUGUCCCAUAUGUUAUUGGAAAGAACAAGGUAGCAGCCUGCGCGAAGCACUUUGUUGGCGAUGGUGGCACGACAAAGGGCAUUAACGAAAACAACACGUUGAUAGACAUGCACGGCUUGCUUAGCGUUCACAUGCCUGCAUACUACGACUCCAUCAUUAAGGGUGUCUCGACAGUCAUGGUUUCGUACUCCAGCUGGAAUGACAAGAAGAUGCACGCGAACCGUGAGUUGAUCACUGGAUUUCUGAAGGGCACCCUCAAGUUCAAGGGGUUUGUUAUCUCAGAUUGGCAGGGGAUUGAUCGGAUCACCUCUCCGUUCCACUCCAACUAUACGUAUUCUGUGCUGGCUAGUGUUCAAGCUGGAAUCGACAUGAUUAUGGUGCCAUUUAACUACACUGAGUUUAUCAAUGACCUCACUUAUUUGGUGAAGAACAAGUUUAUCCCCAUGGAUCGUAUUGAUGAUGCUGUUGGAAGAAUCUUGCUCAUCAAGUUCAACUUGGGUCUCUUCGAAAGCCCUCUUGCUGAUCUCAGUCUGGUCAAUGAGCUAGGGAGCCAGGCACACAGAGAUUUGGCUAGGGAGGCUGUGAGGAAGUCACUUGUUCUGCUGAAAAAUGGGAAAAUUGCAAAUGAAUCACUGCUACCGUUGCCAAAGAAAGCAUCCAGAAUUCUAGUCGCCGGCAGCCAUGCCGACAACUUGGGCUACCAGUGUGGUGGAUGGACAAUAGGUUGGCAGGGAUUCAGCGGAAACAACGGGACACGAGGAACCACGAUUCUGGGUGCUAUCACUGCCACUGUCGAUAAGGACACAGAAGUUGUGUACCUUGAGAGCCCCGGCAGCGAAUAUCUCAAAUCCAACCGCUUUGAUUAUGCUAUCGUGGCCGUCGGGGAGCAUCCGUACACCGAGACUGCAGGGGACAGCGACGUCCUCACAAUGGCCGAGCCUGGACCCGACACGAUCAAGAAUGUCUGUGGAGCCGUCAAGUGCGCGGUCAUCAUCAUAUCCGGCCGGCCAGUUGUGAUGGAGCCGUAUCUGUCGGCAGUCGAUGCUCUCGUGGCGGCCUGGUUGCCCGGGAGUGAAGGGCAGGGCGUGGCCGACGUGCUGUUUGGGGACUACGGUUUCACCGGACAACUUCCGAGGACUUGGUUCAGAACGGUAGAUCAGCUGCCGAUGAACGUAGGAGACUCUCAUUAUGAUCCACUUUUCCCUUUUGGAUUUGGACUCACAACCAAAUCCAUGGUAACAAGGUCAGUAUCAGCUGGUGUUGACAAGAGGCCCUAUGGAGCCAUUGCCAUACUUUUUCUCGUUGUUGCUGUGUAUUUUCAAGUAAAUAGGAGGGAGUUGGCAUGUAGCUGGUUUAGCAUGACUUCAAGUGGAAAGCAUCGAAUCGAGUUACAGAAAAUUUAGCAGGUUUAUUUGGAUCUUAAAUCAUUUUCUCAUAAUUUUACAAAAAAAAAGUUAUUGGAUACUUCAAAUUUUGUUUCCUUAUUCUUUCAUUUAUUUAUUAGUAUCAAAAACCAAAUUUUGGUGACAUUGUUAUUGUACGAAUUUUACUUCAAUCAAUUCAAGAUUCUA